AUUAGUAAUACUGAACAUUCGAAUAAUUCCAUCUAAAGUUGGAAUUUGUGAGUGAGGAAGGUGAAUUGUUGACAAAUCUCAAUUACAGAUAGUUAAACGAUCAUGAAAUUCGCAUUGGAUAAUUUUUCAGCGACAAAGUGUCCGAAUAAUUCUAAUUGCACCUUUGAUCAUUAUGCAGAACCAGUUGUUCUCAGUGGUAUCAUAUUAACGUAAGUAAUAUAUGUUUUAAAUACAGGUAUUACCCAAAAAUCCUAACGACCAUUUUCCAUGUAUUACCAUGACGUAUUAUUCAAUGAAUUGAUUAAUACACUUUGAUGAGAAAUUUGAUCCAUGUUUGACAAGAAUAUUAUGAUUGAGGAAGGGAAAUAAAGUUUAUUUCUUUCCUAGUGGAAGGCAUCGUCAUUUUGUGUUAUAUCACAUCACAAUACAUGACCAUAUUGAAAUGUAUUUAUGUAUAUAUUUAUUUCAACUCAAUAUGUAGUAGAAAUAGUCAAAGACUACUUAUGUGCCACACAAAUCAGUUGAUUUGUGUGUGGGCUGUGAUAUUAUACAGGUGACCAGACAGAAGCUAGUGGUUUUGAUUGGGGACAACAGCCGGAGCCACAAGGCAGUGUCAGCAGAUGAAAUCCCAUGUCAGCCGAUGAUCGACAAUUGGUUCACAUGCCAUUUGUUUCCUUGGGAUUCUGGAGCCCAUGUAUAUCACUGAUUUGUAUUCAGGGUUUUCCAACUUGUCCAAAUGGAUUCAAUAUAUGCACUAAGCCGUCAAAGAGCCGAACAUUCGCUUUUUAUCCUCUCAAUUUCGUAAACAACCCCCCGCCACAAGAAGACAGUGAUUAAAUCUUCCAUGGUAGUGGGUGUAUAUGAGUGUCCAUGUGAGAGCAUUUCGAGGGGGAGAGCAAUCCUCUCCAACAUCUGCCAUACCAGGGCAUUUGGGCAAUGAAAUGAAAUAUUUAAGAGAUCAUUCCUUAGGUAUUCCACUUCACAAGUUUGACAAAAUUUUGAAAAUGUCUAACUGAGAAAUUCAACCAUUUUAUGCAUACAUAUUGUGUAGAACAUUUGAUGCAUAUUACUAUGCUCUAUUGUAUCUGUGAGUUUAGAAUGUUGUACACAUUUUUUUCCUUUAUAUUUCAGAUUUAUAGGUUUGCUUAUUGGAUUAUUAAUCAUAUUGAUUAAGAAACUACAUUCCACAUCCAUAAUAAACAUGUUCUUCAUGACUAUAACGGUCAGUUGAAUAUGGUUUUAAUAGUGCAUUCAUGAUAGUUUCCUCCAAUCAUCGAUUUCAUUUAGUUUGGGGUUGUUUGUUCGAUAAUAAAACAAUGUUGUGAUGUUCGUUUGAUAACGGUUGUCAGGAUCAAAUGAUCUUUGAAUGUUGACUUGAAUAGACGAGUUUAAACGUUGUAUUUCAUUUUAAGAUGACAUGAUGCGUAGAGACCCAGUUUCUAUAAUUUCACUGAUUUCGUAGAAAUGUUGACGUAUAUUGAUGAUCCGGUUGGGUCAUGAGCUAUUACCUAACUGAUAACUGGCAAAAAUAAUAUAACAUUAAAAGGUAUCUGUAUGUCCAUGUUAUGGACAAUUGAGAAAUGAGUAGACAUGGUUACACAUAAUAUCGGUACAUUCUACUCUCAUCUACGUUUGUUGUGAUAACCAUUUGCAUGAUGUGAAGUGAGUUGUAAACACCGAACAACUAAACAAAUUGAAUUAGUGUCAUUUCCAUUUGUAUGAUCAUCCACACACACUUUGUCUGUCACUGAACUUGUGUUCUAUGAUACACAAGUCAUCAUUAGAUGCUUCCACUGGCAGACAUUACUAACUCACGUGGUUGUUGGUUUACCCAAAUUGGUAUAAUUCACACCGUUUAGGUGAGAAAGAAACCUCAUAUAAAAUGGUCAUGUGUAAUGGAUGAGCGAAUUAGCUUUGAAUAUAUUUCACGUUUGUCAUUAUGAUAGACAUGGAUAGAGAUUCCUUGUUAUGUGCUUGUAUCCAUAACUAUUCAUUGUUAAGCAUUUCAAUCAAAUGCAGGACAGUGAAGAUUAUUCUUUCAUUAUUUGUCCAAUAGUUGAACGAUUCAACUUUAAAACUAAUGGUAAUUAAUUUGAUGAUACUACUUUUUCCCUAUUCAGUUGAUAAUUAUGAUUAUUGGUGUUGGUUUACUAAAUUCACGAACACAAUGGUAUGAAAUAAUUAUUUCUGUAAUUGUGGAUACCUCGUUGGCCAGCUUAGCGAUUUUAUUGGGUGUAAAGCUAAUAAUUCAAAAAAGAAAAUUGGAGAUAAUCUUGUUCUCGAUGUGGUGUGUGUUUGCUGUUAUUGGAAUCGUUCUGUUGUUUAUAGAUGUUGUCCUUACCAAGGCGGAGGUACUUUCCAACCAUAUUGUACUUGGUGUAGCCUGGAUUUGUUGGUGCUGUGCAAUGUUAAUUGUAAGUUCUGAAUAAAUAAUAAAAUGUUAAUACAAAAAACAACCGUCCACUGAUUAUUAUGCAUUCAAAGACGUGGUUCUGUAGAAAUUGGAACUUUGGAGAGUUGGUGUUUUCUAUCCAGAGCAUCCAACAAGAAUUCAUCAUGAAGCACUUUGAAGGAUGACUGGAAACGAAACAUUGAAUGGGGAAGUAUUUAUCUCUUAGUUCGUUUCUUUAGUUGAAUGGUUCGAUAAUUGACAGAUCAAAAUAAUAGACACUUACUGUUCAUUUGUUAUAUAUGAAUGUUUGGAAAUUGCAAAGUUGUUAACCGUAUAUCUGUAAAUGCCUAUUAUUUUGCCGAUACACUAUUUGAUAUGAAUACAUCAAUAAUGAAAUAAUCAAUUGAAGCUAGACCACCGUGGAAAAUGUGAGAGCACUGGAAGGCCGUUCUGUCCUAUUUUGUGACUUCUCAGUGGCAGCGCGCAUCGACGAUUCCACCUCGCGGCAUUCGAACACAAAACCUAUCGAUCUCGCGCGUAAACUAUUAUAGUAUUACUAUAAUAUCCACAAAACCCCCUUCUGAUACUAAUAAAUUAAUCAUCUAUGUUUUGACUAUUACAGGUGAUUGUAUACACAGCAUAUUAUUUGUGUAGAUCCAGUGAAGAAGAACAGUCGCGUGUUAUGUUCAUUAUUUUCUUAUGGACUUAUGAAUAUAUGGCACUAGUUAUCAGUUCACAAUUUUGUUUAAAUUCAUUCAUUGAUUGUCACCCGUGCAAUAAGACAAUGAAUAACACAAUGAUUGGACAUUAUGAAUAGGUGAAUCUUCAGUGAACGCUACUGGGGCCUAAGAUGAAUCAUACUUCAGUUUGUAGAAGGCUUGUGAUCAGAUACAGCAAGAAUUGAUCCUGAUCGUUAGUCAUUCAGUUCACUGGAGAGUAACUGGCACAUAGAGACAUCUAACCAAUCAAUCAUUUAUAUGUUGAUGAACUACUAAUCAUGUUUAUUCUUGUUUUCUAUAAAAGUGCAUGAUUUUGUGAAGAGAAGAAACCUAUUAUGUUGAUA